UGCUACAAAAGUGUCAUGUGAAUGCCUCUUCACACUUUCAGAAACAAUCCAUGAGGCCUGAACAUUGGCUAGCUCCUUGGGCCAAAAGGAGGAACACGUCUUAACCAUGAGACCAAGCUUCCUCUUCCUGCAGUCCUCUGACUAAUUCACUGCACACCUUCCAACCUGCCCAGCCAAGUACCUGCAAUAGGUACACACCUUCCAAUUUCUGCAACAAAUGCGCAGGGUCCUAAAGACAACAGCUGUGUUCACUACACAACCUUGAUUUGUAGAACUUGAACCUGGGUCUGCAACAUGACAGGGACAGACUCACUGGUUCAUUGAAGCAGUGCAACACUCCCAUAGUGCACCAGCUAUUUAAGCUACGUUUACUUCUGGUUUGCCAAAGCAGUGCAAAGCAACUGAAGCAUACGGCACCAACGGAUGAGAUGCUAAUUAGGGAAGAGGCUAAGUGGAGCUUGCUGUUGCAGAGGCCAGCAUCAGCCAUGGGAAGAGCCGCACAGCAAACCCUCACUGCUUUACUCUGCAUAGCAGCAGCCGUUUGCAUGGAUGAGGACAGCUGUCCAGAGGUCAAGAUUGUGGGACUCACUGGUUCUGACAAACUCGCUGUUCUCCAAGGAUGCCCUGGGAUGGCUGGAGCCGCAGGUCCCAAAGGCGAACCCGGAGCUGCAGGAAUGAAAGGGGACAGAGGUGCUGAUGGGAUCCCUGGAAAGAUGGGACCAGCUGGGGAGAAAGGAGAGAAAGGUGGUGUCGGCCUCCCUGGAUCGCAAGGAAUCAAAGGAGAACCUGGAGCAUCAGCAAAAAUAGAAUUGAAGGCUCUGGAAGAUGCAGCUUGUAAAGAAGGACUGAGGAACUGCAAGGAGCUGUUAGCCAAAGGGAAUCUUCUGAGCGGCUGGUACACCAUCUAUCCCAAAGGCUGUACUGCCAUGCGUGUGCUGUGUGACAUGGACACAGAUGGUGGAGGCUGGAUUGUCUUUCAGAGACGGGUAGAUGGUUCCGUUGACUUUUUCCGUGACUGGGAUGCGUACAAGAGGGGUUUUGGAAGCUCGCUGACCGAAUUCUGGCUGGGGAAUGACAAUAUUCACCUAUUAACAUCUCUCGGAGCUAACGAACUGCGCAUUGACCUCCGAGAUUUUGAAAAUAACCAUGUGUUUGCCAAGUUCAAGUCAUUCAGAAUUUUAGACGAGACUGAGAAAUACAAGCUGAUUCUAGGAGACUUUAUUAACAGCACUGCAGGUGAUUCAUUAGCAACUCACAGGAACAUGUUCUUUACAACAAAAGACCGUGAUAAUGAUCUCGCUUCCUCGAAUUGUGCUACACUUUACCAGGGGGCCUGGUGGUACAGUAAGUGCCAUGCCUCAAACCUCAAUGGGAGGUAUUGGCUGGGAGCCCAUAAUAACAGCGGAGAUGGUAUAAACUGGCACGCCAGCAGAGGCAACAAAUAUUCCUUCAAACUCUCAGAAAUGAAAUUUCGGCCUGUUCAGCAAUGGUGAGCUGGCAGCACAUGUUCCUCCUGCUUUCCCAGACGUCUGUUUGCAGUGAGCACAUGUGGCAAAACUGCAGAGAGGAACCAGCCAAAACCACCGGCCACUAGGAGCAGGUGCAGGAGCUGCCAAAGCAGGGGCCUUCAGCCAUUCACAGGACUACCCGUUUCUCUGCCCUCUGCUGAUUUUUCUUUUGGCCACAACCCUUUCCUCAGUCUCUUAACCUCACCAUCACACUUAUUCCUCUUGCCCUUUUCCCUAACCCUGCCCCUCACCCUCCUUUCCUGCAGUGUCCCCUCUCCCUUCCCCUUUCUUUCCAUUUAGCUGAUCCCCUCCUAACUGAACACCCCCCGCUCCCCACAACAACAAACAAAUCAUGUCACUAAAAUGACAUUUGCUGCCAUUGCAUUGUUCACUCUGCUUGUGUGUUCUAGCCCUUCCCCCACCCCGUGUCUGACCUGUCAGUGGAGCUUGUGAGCUCUUCUGGGCAGGGACUGUCUGAGCUCUUCAGGGCUGAGCACUCUUGUACGGGGAGAUUUUGGCAAACCGGUAAAAUGCCUGAAACCACUGUUGCGUAUUGCUAAGAGCAGCCAAAUCAGCAGGCUGUAAAUUGGCCAUGCAGCAGCCUUAGCUUCACCAAGGCAGGAGGGGAGGGGGUUUUGGGUGCCACAGAAAGGGCAGCUUGACCCCGUGUCCUUCCUGAUAAGAAUUGUGUUGAAGUUGCUGCUACAUGCAUUUUAGAAGAGCAGGAUGUGCUCUCAGGAAUGUGUCUGACAGGGCCUCAAGGCUGCAAACUCGGGGGAAAAAACACACCUGGUUAAUCAAUAAUCAGAAGGAAACCUCUUGCUUGACCGUUGAAACUGCUUACUUAACAACUUUUCUUAAAGUGACAUGUCAUUAUAUUACUAAUGGGGAAAAAUUUGAGGUAGGGGGACUCUCUCUCUGGAUGCAUUUUGUGAUCGCCACCGGCUGCUGCUGUGCCACUCGAGAGCCACACUCAGUUUCGGUAAUUAGCAAGGGUUGGGGUGUUUUACUAACCUGUUGCGGACGUGUGUAAGUGCUUGAAACGAAGUAAAGUUUAGCGUUAAGUGAAA